UGCGGGCAGCUGUAGCAAUGGCCGUGGCCGUGGCCCUGGCGGGGGCUGUGACCGGAACCGAGCUAGGCCCCGCGGAAGAACUCGCCAAACUCGAGUAUCUGUCUUUAGUGUCGAAAGUUUGCACCGAGCUGGACAAUCACUUGGGGAUCAACGACAAGGACCUGGCUGAAUUUGUGAUCAGUCUUGCUGAGAAAAAUACCACCUUUGAUACUUUUAAGGCUUCUCUGGUCAAAAAUGGUGCUGAAUUCACGGAUUCUCUUAUUAGUAACUUGCUACGCCUCAUACAAACCAUGCGGCCUCCAGCAAAGCCUUCUACUAGCAAAGAUCCAGUUGUUAAACCCAAAACUGGAAAGGAAAAGCUGAAGGAACUCUUCCCAGUGCUUUGUCAACCAGACAACCCUUCUGUCCGGGUACCGAUACCAUUGCUGGUGCCCAUGGAAACCAGUUGUGGUGAAAAUGAUUGGCUAUUUCUCUCUUAUUUUUUUGCUAAUUCUUCUUUGGGGGGACUUUUAGAUGAAGAUCUUGAGAUCGAGCUGGUUGAGGAAGAGCCUCCAUUCCUGAGAGGGCACACCAAGCAAAGCAUGGACAUGAGCCCUAUUAAAAUCGUUAAGAACCCAGAUGGUUCCCUCUCCCAAGCAGCAAUGAUGCAGAGUGCCUUAGCCAAAGAAAGGCGGGAACUCAAGCAGGCCCAGCGGGAAGCUGAGAUGGAUUCUAUUCCCAUGGGGCUCAACAAACACUGGGUUGAUCCUCUGCCUGAUGCGGAAGGCAGACAGAUCGCUGCCAAUAUGAGGGGUAUCGGGAUGAUGCCCAAUGACAUUCCCGAGUGGAAGAAGCAUGCUUUUGGGGGCAACAAAGCUUCAUAUGGAAAAAAGACCCAGAUGUCAAUCAUUGAGCAGAGAGAGAGCCUGCCCAUCUACAAACUGAAGGAGCAGCUGGUCCAGGCUGUUCAUGACAAUCAAAUCCUGAUUGUCAUUGGAGAGACAGGAUCUGGGAAGACAACGCAGAUCACCCAAUACCUGGCAGAGGCAGGCUACACUUCCCGGGGCAAGAUUGGAUGUACCCAGCCCCGAAGAGUAGCAGCCAUGUCGGUGGCCAAAAGAGUGUCGGAGGAGUUUGGUUGUUGCUUAGGCCAGGAGGUGGGCUACACCAUUCGGUUUGAGGACUGCACCAGCCCAGAAACAGUCAUCAAGUACAUGACAGAUGGGAUGUUGCUCCGAGAGUGCCUGAUUGAUCCCGACCUCACACAGUAUGCAAUCAUCAUGCUGGAUGAGGCGCACGAGAGAACAAUUCACACUGACGUGCUCUUUGGAUUGUUGAAGAAGACGGUUCAGAAAUGGCAGGACAUGAAGCUGAUUGUCACCUCAGCCACAUUGGAUGCAGUGAAGUUUUCUCAGUACUUCUAUGAAGCUCCCAUCUUCACCAUCCCAGGUGGAACAUAUCCAGUGGAAAUACUGUACACAAAGGAACCUGAGACAGAUUAUGUGGAUGCCAGCUUGAUCACUGUCAUGCAGAUCCACUUAACAGAACCACCAGGUGACAUCCUCGUCUUCCUGACUGGUCAGGAGGAGAUCGAUACCGUGUGCGAGAUCCUAUAUGAAAGAAUGAAAUCCCUGGGACCGGAUGUCCCGGAGCUGAUCAUCCUGCCCGUGUACUCUGCUCUCCCCAGUGAGAUGCAGACCCGAAUCUUUGACCCGGCCCCACCUGGCAGCAGAAAGGUCGUGAUUGCCACCAACAUCGCAGAGAACUCGCUGACCAUUGACGGCAUCUACUAUGUGGUGGACCCUGGGUUUGUGAAGCAGAAAGUUUACAAUUCCAAGACUGGCAUCGACCAGCUCGUGGUCACUCCAAUCUCUCAGGUAUGGCAGCGUCUACCCACAGUGGUCCUGAAAAUCCUCUUUGAGGCUUCUCUGAAAAUUUUUUAUGAUUUUGUAUUCUGAACUUCACUGUUUUCA